AUGAAUAUAUAAUAUAUAAUAAUAUAUUAUUCACAAAAACGAAUAAUGUAAGAUCGAGAUGACUUCUAAGGAUCCGAAUCGGACAUCGGAAGAAAAUCGGAGGAGAUUUUGUUUAAGUGUAUACGCAUAUUCAUAGCAUUGUCGAUUUAUAUAAUUUUGCAAUUAAUAGCAAUUCGAAUUGAAUAUUAGAUCAAAUGGAUUAUAAUUGGACUUAUAUUUUUUGUAUGCGAUUCAGUCAUAUGGAUCUUAAGUAUCAAAUGGCUAUGUAUUUAAUAAAUAUUUUACUAGAUUAAUAGUAAUAUCCAAGAAUUGCCAAAGUAUUUUUAGCAAUUGCUUAAAAUUCUACUCUAGGAUUAUUACCUAUUUUUAUAAUACUACUUUGUUUAUAACUUGAUGGUAUCAUAAAUCAGAAUCCCAUUCUAAUUGUUUUACCUUUGUUUGUUUGGAAAAUUUUAUUAUUAUCAUUCCUAAUUUUUAUAAUACCAGGAUUAUGUGAUGAUAAUUAUGGAUCUAAAAAAUGGGUAGCUGUCAUUUUAAUUUAUUAUAUAUCCAUCAUUUAUACUGAAAUCAUAGCAUUAAUUUAGUUACAAUAACAUUUUAAUUGGUUUUGGGUUGUUUCAUUAUUGUUGUUUGCCAUAUUUUACAAUAUUGUCACACUCAUUUCAGAUUGUUCUAUUUCUAUAAUAUGGCCAUGCUUUAUUUUAGUAUGUUUCAUUUAUUGUUUAACACAAUUAACAAUUAUUUUAAAUGAGAUAAACAAUGACUAAUAACCAUCAAAAUCUAUUUAAUAUUUAACUAUAAUGCCAAUUCUAAUAAUUAGUCUAAUUAAUUUAAUCAAAUAAAUAAUUGUGUGA